AUGAUUGGUCCUUUAGUUUCUAUAAUUGAAAAUCCAAAUACUUACUAUUAUGUAGCAUAUGCGGCUAAUGCCAAAUUAGCACUUGGAUCAGUACAAAUGGAUAAAAUCGUAUUAGAUGAUACUUAUGCGGAUAUAAGUACAACGUUAAACGAAAGUAUUUCCUGUCUACGAAUUGUUUCCUCCACAUUAGAAACAACAUCAUCACAAAAUGAGCAUGAUGAACAAGCACUGUUCAAUCUUUGCAAAAGUAUUGAUGGUUUUCGUUCAAGCGCUAAGCGACUUUACGACUUAAUUUCCGAUAAAAAAAGCAAAUAUGGCAAUCGCACCCCACCACCUGAUAUGGAGCGCUGGAACGCUAUCAUUGCUUAUCUUAAUAGUGUUCUCCAACAGUGUGGUGAAACCUUACCUAUUACCAUUAAUUUAGCCUUGAAAAAGAAAUCAACUAGUAAACGUGCAAUGACAGCGGCUGAUAUGAUGGUUGCCUUUAUUGAUAUUAUGGUUUUGUUGGCGCGUAUGCAAUUUGAUAUCAGUGAUGAAACAAGUUAUCAACAAUCUUAUGAGUACUUGUCUACAGCUGAACAACUAUGUGCAGAAAAAAAGUUUUUAAAAGGAUACAGAUAUUUAUCAGGCUCAUACUACAAUAUUGGCACUGCCCUCAUCAAGAAAGACGAACGAUUUUUUGGGCAUGCAAUUUAUCCAUUGAGAAAGGCAUGUUCACUAUUAGAAAAAGAUCCGGAACGCGCUCAAUCAGAUGAAGGGCGACUACAACUUUGUAAGCGUUAUGAGAUUUUGGGUAUUUGUUGUCACAAAAAUAAGCAGUUUGAGGAUAGUGUAAAAGCAUACCGCUUGGCUCUAAAACGAGUGCCAGUGUCAACAGUGGAUUCAUUUGUAAGUGGUAGUGAAACAAAGGCUGUCUCACGAAUGAUGGAAUGUGAACCACUAAUUCCCAAGUUAAUGGAUCGUUACUUAAGAGCUGCAGUGAGUGAUCCGGAUCUUAUAAAUGUGCAUUUUGCGAGUGAAUAUGUGCAAAUGGCUGGACUAAGUGCAAUUCAACAAAGCUUUGUGUAUGAAUGUGAGCUGAAAGUAUGGCAUAGACUUUCCCUAAAAAUGGACGUUUCAAGGUUUCAGUUGUUUAUUGUGAAUAAAUUAUUACAAUUAUAUGACGCAGUAAAUUAUCCUGUUCGUAGAGCAAGGUAA